UCGAUAGAGCUCAUCCGCUGUUGUCUCAUGGCGACCAACCCCUUCCGCCUCUCCGGUUACUCACAGUUCUCCACGUCCUCCCACCUCGCCAACGCUGUCUCCUCCUCCUUUCCUCUCUUCCCCAACCUAAAAUUCGCCGCCUUUUGUCCGUUCACCGUAACCCUAUUGCCAAUCCGACUCCCCUGCAAACCCUACCCAAUCUCCUGCCGGGCCUCUUCGGCUUCUCCUUCUCCUUCUCCCUCUCCCCCGCCGACGUCCGUAGAGCUGGAUGGGACGGGCGCGGCCGCCCCUACCCGCGGUGACCUCUACCUCGAGCGCCAGCAGUCCAUGUCCGCCGCCGCCCUCGUUCUCAAGAAGAAUAAGGAGGGAAAGAAGAAGAGAAGAAACGACGCCAAACUCCCAACCAACGUCGCUUGCUGCUACGGCUGCGGCGCUCCUCUCCAGACAACGGAAGUCGAUGCCCCUGGCUAUGUUAAUGCCGAGACCUAUGAGUUGGAUUGGUGGCUUGGCUACAAGAUGAAGAUAGAUUCCCAUGCUUUAUCAAUGAAGAAAAUGCACCGCCAGCUUAAGACAAUUCUGUGUGGUCGAUGCAAGCUUUUGUCCCAUGGACACAUGGUGACUGCUGUGGGUGGGCAUGGUGGUUACUCUGGUGGUAAACAGUUUAUUUCUGCUGAAGAACUACGGGAAAAGCUCUCUUAUCUACGUCAUGAAAAAGCACUGAUUGUUAAACUAGUUGAUAUUGUUGACUUCAAUGGCAGUUUUUUGGCACGUGUACGUGAUCUAGCUGGUGGUAACCCUAUCAUAUUGGUCAUAACUAAGGUUGAUCUGCUGCCCAGAGGCACAAAUCUAAACUGUAUUGGAGAUUGGGUUGUUGAGGCCACUACCAAGAAAAAACUCAAUGUUAUCAGUGUCCACCUGACGAGUUCAAAGUCUUUUGUGGGGAUUGCUGGUGUCAUAUCAGAGAUCCAAAAGGAGAAAAAGGGCCGAGAUGUCUAUAUUCUGGGGUCUGCAAAUGUUGGCAAGUCUGCAUUUAUCAAUGCUUUGCUCAAGUUAAUGGCAAGAAAGGAUCCGGUUGCUGCAGCUGCUCAGAAAUACAAACCAAUGCAAUCAGCUGUUCCUGGAACAACCCUGGGUCCUAUUCAAAUUGAAGCCUUCCAAGGAGGAGGGAAUUUGUUUGACACACCUGGUGUGCAUCUUCACCACCGGCAAGCAGCAGUGGUACAUUCGGAUGAUCUGCCUUCUCUUGCACCUCAAAGCCGUCUAAGGGGACAAUCAUUUCCUCAGGUUAUCUCUAUUGGUACAAUCACCGACUCAGAAGCUGUAGGCAUAAAUGGAUCUUCACUAUUUUGGGGAGGACUUGUCCGAAUUGAUGUUAUCAAGGUUCUUCCAAGGACACGUCUGACAUUUUAUGGGCCCAAGAAAUUAAAGGUUCAUAUGGUUUCAAUGGCCAAAGCAGAUGAAUUUUACCAUAAAGAACUUGGAAACACACUGACACCCCCAUCGGGCAAGGAAAGAGUUGAAUCUUGGUUAGGUCUUCAAGCAGUAAGGCAAUUGCAGAUAAAAUUUGAAGAUACAAACAGGCCUGCUUGUGACAUUGCGAUAUCCGGUCUAGGAUGGAUAGCAGUUGAACCCGUCAGUGCAGCAGAACCCAAUGACCCAGAUACGAGGGUGAAGGCAGGGGAACUGCAUCUGGCUGUUCAUGUGCCGAAGCCCGUCGAGAUCUUCAUAAGGCCACCAAUCCCUGUCGGUAAAGCCGGUGAAGAGUGGUACCAGUUCCAAGAGCUGACAGAGAAAGAAGAAGAGUCGCGGCCGAAAUGGUUUUACUAACUUCAAAUUAGUUGGUAAUCUAGUAUCCAAUUUUUCUUGCCCAAAUAUUUAUCAGGUAAUCUUGUGUAGCCUCUCUUGCAUACGUAAUAAUUGUUUGAUCCUUGGAAACACUGUUUAUUUGAUACCUCUCGAAAGGUCGAGUUGUUUACAAUAUGGUCGUCAAUACUGUUUAUUUGAUA